AUGCAGUCGAACGGCAGCGACAACUGCCAGCAGCCGAAGCAGCAGCAGCAGCAGGGGGCGGUGGCGUCGCCGCAACCGAAACUACAGCCGCAGCAGCAGCGCCAGCAGACGACGACGCCUCCGCCGCCUCUACCGCCGCCAUGGAUGUCGGCGAUGCCUUAUCCGGCGGGGACGAUGAUGAUACCGCACCAGAUGGCCCCACCGCCGCCGCACUUCGUGCCUCCCUAUAUGCCUUACCACCACGUGCCGCCGUUGCCUUUGCAGUAUCACCCCCCGCCGCCGCAGCUGCAGCAGCAGCAAGGUUCCUCUGACGAGAACAGGACGAUCUGGGUUGGGGAUCUCCAAUUCUGGAUGGAUGAGAAUUACCUCCAACAUUGCUUCGGCCAUACCGGCGAGGUUUAAUUUCUCCCCGUUUUCCUUUUGUUUCUUUCGCCCCUAUACUCUGAGAAAGUAAUUAUGAAUCUCUUCAUUCUGUCGUUGUAACCUUUUUUGGGUGCUCCAUGUAGACGUAUUUCUAACUUUUUACUCCGCUCCUUUUUAGCGACAUCCUCGCGCUGAUAGUGAAUCAAUUAAACGUACGUAUGGGUCUGAUGUGUGAGCUUUACUUAUGAGGGCAUGUGUGCUUUUUUUUAUUUGACUGCCAUCUUGGGCAUCUUAGUACCUGUUAUAAAUGGAGUCCGCGAUUUCUUUUUUUAUUCAUUCCGAAGCAAGAUUACCAUUCGCACGCUAAUACCUCUUCAAGGUGAGUUUUGAUGCGGGAUAUUAAUAGAAACUGUGCCUCGGUUUCUUUAAUUAUCGAGGGUUAUAUGGAUGGUAUCUAAAAUUAGCUUUCAUAAUUGAGGGGAAUAACCGGAUAAAACAUCAGGAACUUGGUUUCGACUAUCUAGCAGGACUGCUUGAUCGUUAUCGGAAUAAAUAAGGUAUAUUGUGAAAGUAAAAGUUGCGAGGAGGUCAUAGAAGGCAACGCUGUGAACCCAUAUGGAAGGGAGAAACCGCAGUGUAGGGCACUUGCUACUCCAUUGGGUAAGUCACUUUUUUUUUUGGACGCAAGUUUAUCUCCUGCUGGUUUGAGAGUAAGAGACUUUAAUUUGGUAGCAGAGGUAGUUAAAUGUAGUAGAUUUGUUGUUAUCCAUGUGUGAAACGUUAUCAAGGUUAGAGAUGUAUUCCAUUCAAUCUUUUUGUAGUUCAUUUCCAUGCCAACCAUUCUGGGUUUGUUGUUGGAAGACCGAGGACUGAUUUUCAACAAUCAGCAUUUUUGCCAUUGCAAAGUUUGAACCAUAUUGAUUGCCAAUGUUCACAGAAUCUACCCUCCUGACAACUCUGGGUGACAGCUAAGAAAGAUGAUUGGCUGAAUGGAAAAUAUUCUGCGCCAUUUUUCUCUCAAAUGUUUUCACAUUGCCGUCCCCUAUAGUUUCAUAACUGAAAUAGACACUUAGCCAUUGUUUUUUCAAGUCCCUCAGUCUUGAUGGUCAACAACUCUCCAUUAACCAUACGGUUCUCUAGACUUUAAAUCGUCUUCCGCUUCUGUAAGAGUCUCUCUUGAGUCAUAUAAUCUUCUAUACCAUCUUUGGUUAGUGAAAUGUGCAUGAAGUAUGGAGGAAGCUACCUGGUUUUACACAACCUCUGAGUGUUUGUUAUGCCCAGAUGAAAGGACUGUUUUCUUUUUGGGGUUUUCACCGAAUUGUCCGUCAUAGGAUAGCAAAUGCAUUACAUCUUUCUUAUUUCUUAACGAAUCUUCCUACUAACGUUUUUCAUGGUUAGCACAAUUUGUGCUACCGCUCCAUUUGGUAGUAGUUGUUUCGUUUUGAUUCGUAUGAUUUUCCAAGGAAAUUGUUAAGUUAUAAGAAGUUCAUAUCAUUGGCCUAUUUCUAAACUUUCUUCUUAAAAUGUCAACUUAUUUAAUUAUGAUACUAUAAUCAUAUGCAGGUUGUUCAAAUAAAAGUUAUCCGCAAUAAGCAAACUGGUCAGUCAGAGGGAUAUGGUUUUGUAGAAUUUUAUUCACAUGCGGCUGCUGAAAAGAUCCUGCAAAUGUUUAAUGGAGUGAUGAUGCCAAACACAGACCAGCUUUUUCGAAUCAACUGGGCGUCAUUUAGCAUGGGGGAUAGGCGUUCAGAUGUUUCAUCUGAUCAUUCUAUAUUUGUGGGAGAUCUGGCUGCUGAUGUCACUGAUACCGUACUGCAGGAAACCUUUUCUAGCAAAUACUCAUCUGUAAAAGGCGCAAAGGUUGUUAUUGAUGCAAAUACCGGUCGAUCCAAGGGUUAUGGAUUUGUAAGAUUUGGUGAUGAAGGUGAAAAAUCUCGUGCACUUACUGAAAUGAAUGGCGUGUAUUGUUCCAGUAGGGCAAUGCGCAUUGGUGCAGCAACUCCCCGGAAGUCCUCUGGUAUAAUACAGAUCCCAUCAAAUAGCUGCACUCAUCAGUUUUUUUAAUUCUAAUACUUAUCUGUUAAUCUCUCUUCAGUGUCUAGUUAAUUUUAGUAGCUUCAGUUUCUCUUAUGAAUCAAUUUUUUUGCAUGAAGUCAUACAUUCAAGUUUAAAAAUAAUUUCUGAUAGAGCAUGCAGAAAGUUGUUUAGGCGAGUGCUCAGGGGUGAAUUUUAUAUGACGUUGUGUCUUUACGUGGUGUUUCUACUUUCUGUGGAUAUUCUGAUCAUUUAUUCCCAAUUGGACUGUAUUCCAUGUUUACUGUUGAGGUAAUAGUAUUCUUGAAUAAUAAUAAAGGUAAUUAUAUAUUAUAAAACUAUAUGUAUGAAUGUAUUUAAUAGAGGAAAGAACUUGAAGAUGGAUAGAACACGGGAGAAAAGUAUUCUCUGCGAGUUCAGUGAUAAUCUACAGAUGAUCUGCUUCACACAGGGUGGUUAGCUUGCAAUGCCGCCUUGCUCGUACUCAUGGUCCAACAUCUAUGAUAGUCAUCGAGGGAGUGGAGGGUUUUAUAUUUGUCUCAUCUGGAUGUUUAAUUCUCUGUAGUUCAGUGACCAUUAGAAUGCUUAGUUUCAUAUUUGCCUCAUCCUACUGAUAAAAUAGUUUCCUAUGCGUUUUUAAGGUCCUGUGGGCCAUCAAGAUGAUGGGAUUUCAUGUGACUGAUGAGUGGUCUAAUAACUCUGACACAUCAUAUUUUAGAGACUGGAAGCUAUGCCCAUUUCUCUUUAAUCAUUUAUCUUAUUUUCUAGGUUUUGCACCCAACAGCUCCCAAGGAUCCACGUCAGAAGGAGACUCAAGCAACACGACUGUAAGUCAACCCCAAUCCCAACCCCUCUUUGUGAUUCCAGUCCUUGGCGAUGAACUUGCUUGGGAAUGAGCUGCACUCCGCCACAGUUAUUUGUUGGUGGGCUCGACCCAAACGUCAGCGAGGAUGACCUCCGGCAGGCGUUCUCCCAGCACGGUGAGGUCGCUUCUGUGAAGAUCCCAAUCGGAAAGCAAUGUGGCUUUGUCCAGUUCAUUCGCAGGUGCAAUUGUCUGGCCCCUCUUCUCCGGCCGAAUCUUCCUCCGAUUCAAAGCCUUCCUUCUGAAUUUUUUGCUUCUUCUUCUAUGCUGCUCACCAGGAGCAACGCUGAGGAAGCACUGCAGAAGCUGAACGGGACGAUGAUCGGAAAGCAGACAAUUAGGCUCUCAUGGGGCCGCAACCCGAUCAAUAAGCAGGUCAAUUCUCUAUAUAUAUCCUAAAACUGCACCAUUUCUAGUUAAUUCGCGGGUUCAUCGGUUUAGGAAACUUCAGCUGACUGUUGAUGGAUUCAGUUGACCGUUUCAGUAUUUUAGGUGAAGCAUUUGUUCUUUGCUUGAAUGUUGACUUUAUCUUCCUCGGUCAACUUUAUCUGCCCCAAACCUCCUAAUUUUGGUUAUAAAUGCACCUUUUCUGCUUGACUUACCGGACAGUGGAGAGCACAAAGGGAUCAGAAAACAAUAAAAACUAAAUAAAUAAAUAAAUGAAGAUAAGCUGAACCACAUUUUCUGGUUUAAUCUCUGCAGUUCCGGGCCGAGCCCACCAUUUCAUGGAGCAACGCCUACUACGGGGGCCAGGUCUACGACGGUUACGGCUAUGUGGCGCCGCCCCAGAGCCCGGCCAUGUACCCGGCAGCCUAUGGCCCUUACAGCUUCUGCGGGAACCAGCAGCAGGUCAGCUAG